ACUGUCACUCUAUUGUAAUACAAGAUGUCUGUUUGGUUAGCAGUGAUGGAGGAAAUCGUUUAUGCUUAAUUAUUAAAAUAGUUUAUGGAGUAAUUGAUACUUCUACAUUGGACGAAACAAAAACGGCCACGAUUAAAAGACAUUUCAGAAGAUAGCAUGAUAGUUGAAAUCGGCGACCAGCAGAUGCAGGAAGAUGUUUGCUAUGGACCAGGGAGUGGUGGAAGAAUGGCUGGCUGAGUUUAAGACUCUUCCGGAAGCUGCGGUGUCCAGCUAUGCUGCCGCUCUGAAGGAGAAAGCGUCUCUGGUUCCAGCUCUCUACAAAGUCAUUCGUGAGAAUUACAGUGAUCUGCUGGAGCCAGUGUGCCACCAGCUCUUUGAGUUUUACCGCAGCGCCGAACCCCACCUGCAGCACUUCACCCUGCAGUUCCUCCCGGAGUUGCUCUGGAGCUACCUGUCCGUCACAGCCGGCCGAGACCCCCAUUGCAGCGGCUGCAUCGAGGCCCUCCUACUGGGCAUCUACAACCUGGAAAUAGUGGACCGAGAUGGCCAGAGCAAAGCACUGUCCUUCACCGUACCGUCCUUAUCCAAGCCCUCAGUUUACCAUGAGCCCUCUACCAUUGGUUCUUUGGCCCUGACAGAAGGGGCUCUGGCCAAUCACGGACUCAGCCGGGUGGUGUACAGUGGACCCCACCUCCAGAGAGAAACUUUCACAGCACAGAACCGUUUCCAGGUGCUGACAUUUCUGCUGCUCUGCUACAAUGCAGCCCUGAGCUACAUGACCAGCACAUCACUCCAGUCCCUGUGUCAACUGAGCUCCAGGGUCUGUAUUUGCGGAUACCCCAGGCAGCAUUUAAGGCGCUAUAAAGGAAUCAGCACCAGGAUGAUGGUGUCUUCAGACUUCCUAGUUCAGCUUAUUACUGGUAUCCACUAUGCCCUGUGUAAUGGAGAGUCAGAUUUGGGUUCCAGGGCUCUGGAGGAUGUCCUGUACCGAGCGCAGUUAGAGCUGUUCCCCGAACCGCUGCUGGUAGGGAAUGCGAUCCGGUCUUCUCAGCGCGGGGUGGCACUGAAGGCCAAUAAGGACGGACCACGCUGCAUCCAGGUGGAGAUCACUCCGACCGCCUCGCGGAUAUCACGCAACGCCGUCACCAGCAUGUCCAUCCGUGGCCAUCGCUGGAAGAGACAUGAUGCAGUGGACCUGGUUUCCCCGGAGGACCUGGCGGAGAUCACGGAGGUGGACGAGGGCUUCUGCAUGCGAUCGGCCGGCGAUGCCCCCCCCUGUGUUACCAUCAGUGCCGCUCCGGCCGGGGGGGGUAAGAUCGCUCCUUUGGGGGGGGGUAAGAGUUCGGGGAAGAGCCAGCGCAGGCUGGGCGGGGGCGGGGGGAGGGCCAGCCGGGACGCGGGUGGGCGAGCGCUGAGUGAGAACCUGGAGCUGCUGUCUCUGAAGAGGCUAACCCUGACCUCCAGCCAGUCGGUGCCCAAAGCCACCGCCCUCACCGCAUCCCAGGCCGGCCCUGUGGGCUUCUCCCGGUCCUUCGAGCAGGUGGGCCAUGUGCUCACCGCUGGGCCCCCCCACAGCCGCUUCUCUGCCUGCAGCCUCCAGGAUGAGCACAUCAGCCCUGCCCAGCACAAACGCCCCUCCCCCAGCCGGAGUGUCCACCUCUCCUCUGACCUCUGACCUCUGACCCCUGACCCAGCACAAACGCCCCUCCCCCAGCCGGAGUGUCCACCUCUCCUCUGACCUCUGACCUCUGACCCAGCACAAACGCCCCUCCCCCAGCCGGAGUGUCCACCUCUCCUCUGACCUCUGACCCCUGACCCAGCACAAACGCCCCUCCCCCAGCCGGAGUGUCCACCUCUCCUCUGACCUCUGACCCCUGACCCAGCACAAACGCCUCUCCCCCAGCCGGUGUCCACCUCUCCUCUGACCCCUGACCCAGCACAAACGCCCCUCCCCCAGCUGGAGUGUCCACCUCUCCUCUGACCCAGCACAAAUGCCCCUCCCCCAGCCGGUGUCCACCUCUCCUCUGACCCCUGACCCAGCACAAACGCCCCUCCCCCAGCUGGAGUGUCCACCUCUCCUCUGACCUUUGACCUCUGACCCCUGACCCAGCACAAACGCCCCUCCCCCGGCCGGAGUGUCCACCUCUCCUCUGACCUCUGACCCCUGACCCAGCACAAAUGCCCCUCCCCCAGCCGGAGUGUCCACCUCUCCUCUGACCCAGCACAAAUGCCCCUCCCCCAGCCGGAGUGUCCACCUCUCCUCUGACAUCUGACCCCUGACCCAGCACAAAUGCCCCUCCCCCAGCCGGAGUGUCCACCUCUCCUCUGACCUCUGACCCCUGACCCAGCACAAACGCCUCUCCCCCAGCCGGAGUGUCCACCUCUCCUCUGACCUCUGACCCCUAACUCCCUACCAGUCAGAGUUGCCCCUUAAUGCCCCCUAUCCUGGGCAAAGCACAUACCAGCCCCCUGCCUCACCUGCUGCCUAAAAAUUUGACUCCACUUUCCCCUGACUGCCCAGAGCCACUUCUGACUGCCCAGAGCAGCUCAUGGAAGCCAUCACUCCCACCUGGCCAUGCGCUGCAGACAUCCCUCAUUAAACGGCCCCUCCCCCAUCCAGGCCUGCACUGCCCCCAGUGGCACUGAGCCGUAACUGCAGCACCUUAGAAAAUGUUUUACAUGUUGGAAAUGUAAAUCCUCCCUUGAGUGCAGUCCUUGUGUUUGAUGCCCCCAGGUACUGUGCACACCUGUUGGAAUUAUAAAUUGUGUAUGUUUUGACCUGCAAGGUACUGUGUACUUUUUCCAGAUGGAGGGUGAUGUUUCGCUGUUGUAUUUCUAAACCUGUGUUCCCAGUCUGUGGGAGAAUCUUGAGAGAUGCUGUGUGUGCAAAGGAAUAUUCUAGAGAGACAAAGUAUUGGAAAAGUAUAGAUGCUCUGUGGUAUAAAUGUGAUACAUGGGCACAAAUUGGAAGUCACUCCUGUUUUAAGUACGGCAAAACAAUUGUUAAUAUUACAAAUAAACCACUCUUCUAUGGAGAGUUUGUCUCUUUCCCUUUAACCCAAAAGCCCUAUGAAUUAGGAACCAAAAAUAAGUCCUUGUUUACAUGAGUAACUGGUGCCGUCACACAGUAGAAGCAAUACCACUGUUAUGCUCCUGAGUUCUGUGGUUUGUGCGUUGGGUUUUGGGUUUAGUAUUAUUUACAUGCUGUAUAAGAAGGGGAGAAAUGGCCGUGAGGUUUUUAGAGCGGACACCCCAGAAAGCCAAAUUCACCCUUUUUCAUUUAUUCUUAUUCAAUCCCUUCAUCUUUCAAAUGUACAAUUUUUACUAUAGUCUGGUGUUUGUUUACUUUGGUUUUCAUCUUUUUCUAAUAAGAUUGAUAUGAAACCAAGCACUGUGCUACCUUUAACAUCAGUUUAAGAAAGAUGUCCUCCUUUUUGUCAGUUUUGGUAAACUUAGAGAUACAUAUGUAUUAGGUACGUUUCCAAGAGAUGUCAUAUUUUUGUGAGUAGGUGACACAGUAACAAUCAAAAUCUGUAUUUUUGUUUACAGAAAGUGGAAAUACUCUUGUGAAUUGUACAUAUUAUUGUACUAAAUUUUUUUGCAUUUUGUCUGAAAAUAACUGCUUUUGCUUCACAAAAUAAAGUGUUUAUAUAUUUCAAA